AUGCCCUUGACGCAAAGCUUGGUAAGCAUCCUGUCAAUCGCAUCAAGGCCUUAUCACGCAUCUUAUCUCUCUGCAGCUGCCAUCACGGGCAUCUCCGACAUGUGCAUGUGCUACAGCGCUGAGGAGUAUGCCCGAGUGAUCAUCUGGUGCUUGGGCUGGGCACUGGAUGGCUGGCCAUGGCAUAUUCCAUUCACUAACCUCAGCAACAUCAAGGGUGGCGUGAGGCCCCUCCGUCUACUCAAAGACCUCUGGCUGAGCGGCACCCUCAGAUUUGUCAGA